UGUCCGAUCAAUCCGGAAGGUCUAGAACGCGAGCCCGAGCAGGAUCAGGAUCUGUCCACGUGGCUAGGCAUGUGCUUCUUCCUGCCUGUUAUCGGCGUUGAGCGGGUGGCGAGAGUGGAUGACGAGUGUGGCAGAGCGACUGGAAAUUUAAUUCCAUUGCUUGGCCCGCAGAGUGAACCGCUCAGAAUGGGCAUAGCGGAAGAGCCGGAACUCUAGGUUCAAGCCAGAGCAGAGUACCUUUUCCGGUCUUCUCUAGCAGGGCGGCGUAGACUCCGUGAAAUCAACUCCCAUACUGGUGUCUCAAGAAGAGGAUCAAGAAGCCAUCUGAACUCUGGCGAGACCCAAGUCUUAAAAUAACGUGGGUCUUCCUUUUCUCUUGUUUUCUUAUCUUCAUAACAUUGCAUACUGAUUCGACGCGAAGCAACUUUACAACUCACAUCACAAGCUUGCUAUGGGACUCGGAUCGUUUGGAGAUAGGUUGGCUAACCUCAGAAUUGGCGGCGCCAGGUACAACUCGCCAUGGACGCAAGUUGUUAUAUUGGGUUUCGUGGCCUUUUGCUCAGUGGGCAUGUUCUCAGCCCUAAGUAACCUAGGAGCCGGUGGCUCGCAGGACACUCAACUCGCUGAUACGGCCAAUGGUGUUCUCUACGGUAUCUUUGCCAUCUCCGGACCGUUUGCAGGUUCAGUCAGCAACAUUCUCGGUCCUCGAGCCACCCUGUCUCUCGGAACCAUCGGAUACUCCAUCUACGUAGGAGGCCUGUGGGCGUACCAGAUUCAUGGUACUCGAUCCUUCUUCAUCGUCUCUGGUGCCAUCCUCGGGUUCACCGCUGCUCUGCUUUGGGCUGCUCAGGGAUCCAUCAUGAUGUCCUACCCGCUUGAGAAAGAUAAAGGUCGAGCGUUCUCCAUUUUUUGGUCAAUCUUCCAAUCUGGAACGCUCAUCGGAGCAGCCAUCGCUCUCGGUAUUCAGGCUCAUUCGACCUUGCCAGCCGUGUCGACUGGUGUCUACGUUGCAUUCCUUAUCAUCAUGCUGACCGCUAUUUUCACAUCUUGGCUGAUCCUCCCGCCUACCUCUGUGGUUCGAGGAGACGGUACCGUCGUCGAGAUUCAGAAGGCUCUUUCACCCCGAGAGGAAUUCAAAGGUUAUGCCAUGCUUUGCAAGGACUGGCGAAUGCUUGCUCUUUUCCCAAUGUUCUUUUCCUCCAACUACUUCUAUGCUUACCAAGGUGCCAUUACUGCCAACUGCUUCAAUGGUCGAACGCGUGCUUUGACCUCUCUCCUCACUGGACUGGGAUCUAUCGUUGGAUCCAUCUUCAUCGGGAUGAUCUUUGAUUACGUCCCGUUUAAACGACGGAACAGGGCCCUGGUAGGAUGCGCCGCUGUGCUCGUGCUUAACAUUCUCGUCUGGGGUGGAGGUAUCGGAUUUCAAGUCACUUUCAAGCGUGCAGACGGAAAAUUCGAUUGGGACUGGACCAACCCGAAAGCUCACGGCCCUCUGGUACUCCUCAUGUCUUACUACAUCGCCGAUGCUGCCUAUCAGGGUCUCGCUUACUACACCAUGAGUGCCAUGACCAACGACCCAUUCAAGCUCGCUCGAAUGGCUGGAUACUACAAGGGUGUGCAAUCUGCCGGAGCAGCCGUUUCCUUCGGUAUGGAUGCAGUCAAGACUCCAUUCUUGACUGAACUCUUGGUCUCUUGGCUCAUGCUCCUCAUCUCUCUGCCCCUCUGUGCCUUUGUCCUGUACAAGUGCCGAGACACGAACUAUGACGUCGAACGUGUCGUUCAUGUUGAAGAACUGGAAAAGUCCGCGAUCCACGGUGGUGCUUUGCCAGCGGGCCAUCACACCGCCAACACCGGUGCCAUUGAAAUGACACAAGAUGCAGACAAGAAGGACCUGCCGCCUCAGAUGACUCAUUAGAGGCUGAACGAAGCCCAUGCCUGGCUUGGAGUACUGGUUAUCUCGAUGGUGUUGAUUCGACAAUA